AUGAUGAGUAAUUAUUUAAUAAGUAUGCCAGUAAUUACAUCAUGAACAUGAAAACUGACCUAUAGCAUUCAAUAAGUCACGUCAUAUUUCCAUAUUUAUUUAUUUGUAUUGCCUUCUUCUCUGCGUAAGAAUGACUUCACAGAUUCACACGUUUUUUCAGAGUUUUUUUUUAGGGUGUCCUCUAAGAACGUAGCCAGUUGAAAGCGGGUGAAGUGGGUGGGCACAGACCUCUUCCUUUAUCCCAAAGUAUAUAUGGAAACGGACUUCUUUCAAACCGAGUUUUCUUGGGAGGAGAGAUGACUGUUCGAAAUAUGAGACCUCAGACAGCGAUGAAAAUAUACAUGCUCCUCACUGCUUCGAUUGCCUGGGCCAUCCAUGAUGUGCAGUCCCAUCAGUACCAACAUCGAGAUCCGGUGACGUUCGAGCUGCACCUGUGCGACCAAUGCCCACCAGGCACUGCUGUCAAGCGCCACUGCGGUGCCCACGGCCCCACUGAGUGCAGCCCUUGCCCGGAGAGGCACUUUGCGGAGCAGUGGCACUGGGGGGAGAGCUGCCAGUACUGCACCGCUGUCUGCAAGGAGAAGCAGCUGGUGCGGCAGGAGUGCAACAGCACCCACGACCAGGUGUGCGAGUGCGUGCCAGGCUACCACCUGGUGGUGGAGUUCUGUGUGCGCCACACAGCGUGCCUGCCUGGCAGUGGAGUCGUAGCCCUGGGUACGCCAGAGAGCGACACGGUGUGUCAGACGUGCCCCGAUGGCUAUUAUUCCAGCGUGGCGUCGGCAACAGAGCUCUGCGUCCCCCAGCGCAACUGCAGCCAGCUGGGCUUCAAGACCCAACAGCGCGGCACCAGCGCACAGGAUGUGGUGUGUGAGAACGAAGCAGUAGUCUCCACAGAGUGCACCACCCACGACAUGCAGUGCCACACAGACACCCUGCUGUGUGAGGAGGCCAUCUUCCAGUUCCUGGCAUCCCCGCGCCUGGCGUCCAUUCCCCUGGAUCGUCUGCUGGAGAGCCUGCCCGGGCGGCGCGUGGACUGGAAGAGCGUGGAGAGGUUGAAGAAGGCCUGCAGCCCGCAGCAGCAGCUCCUGCAGCUCCUCCGGCUCUGGAGGGAACAGAACAAGGACCAGGACAAGCUCUUCAGCAUCAUCCAAGGAGUGAACGUCUGCGAGAGGAAGGUGUUGCGUUGCGCCGGCCUGAAGAAUCUGACCCUGGGCGACCUGCUGGCAGUGACGCACAGCCUGCCCGGCGUGCGCGUGAGCGAGGAGGAGGUGCGCACGCUGGUGGUCUCCUGCUCCUCGCAGCAGCACAUCCUGCAGCUGCUGCACCUGUGGAAGAGCCGCAACAGCGAGCGCGACGUGGGCAAGGCUCUGGCUCAGGGCCAGCGGAGGCUCCGGGGCCAGGGCGUCUCCAAGCGCCUCCUCAAGAGCCUCAAGCGCAUCGCCCGCAUCAUCGGGGCCUCCACGAUGUACCGGCUGUACGAGAAGAUGUUCUUCAACAUGAUUCAGGACAGCACGUGCUUUAAAUCCAAAGCCUAUAACGACUAGGCCCUGACCAGAGUUCCAUAUGCAGAAUUAUUUAAAAGAAGUUGUACAUAGUUAAAUGACAAAGGAAGGGAAGGGUGGGUGUGUAUUUAGAGUGGGGUUGGGGAUUUGACGUGAGGACAGAAAAGAGGGGGGUUAUUCCUCUUCUUUUUAAUGUUUCCCUUUUUUUUGGUUUGGACUGCUCAGCUCUUGCAAAAUAGUAACUUUUACGGAAUUCUGUUCAAAUGCAAACAGAUAUUAGUUGACAUGAAUGUACAGUAAAGUGGAGUGCAAUUAUUAUUUUUUUGUUUAUUUAAGUUGUUUUUUUUUACCGGAAAGUUCUAGAGGCUUGUGUGUGUGUAUUUGUCAGGAGGCUGGACUCUGAAUGCUGCAAGUCACACAUCAACGUGUGUGCUUUUCAACCCAGUUUUUGUCUGUUCAUUGUGUACUUGAUUUUUUUUAACGUGAGGUGAUUUAAAUUAAUUUGUAUAAUUUGUACUAUGUUUCACAGAAUCAGAGGUUUAUGCCAUAUGAUGUAUUUGGCAGUCUGAAUGUAUACAGUAUAUGGUGACACCAUUUGAAGACAUGAAAUCCAUAAUCCUUUAUCAGAAAUGUUUCUGUUGUGCUGAUGGUCUCUGUGAAAUGGCAUUUUGAGCAAGUUGUGACACAGUCUCCUUCUUUUGGAAACAGACUGGAAAGCAAAUCUAUCACAUGACAUUUGAACUUAUGUUUUGUUUUUGUAAAUGCCUGGUAAUGUUAAUAUUUGAUCACUUAAAUUAAAUGUGUACUGACUAUUUUAGAGAGUUUCCCAAAUGUAAUUUUAUUCAUUUAGGAUUAAUAUUAGCUCAACCACUGAGAACAAAAGAAGGUGGAGGGUAGGGAGAUGAUGGCUGUUCCCUGAAGGAGGGUAGUCAAGGUAUCCUACGCAAAAAAAACAAGCUUCUGGGAGAAUCUUGUUUCCUCUUCACCUAUGAAUAAAGGGAACCGUCUCUCUGGUCAGCAGCACAGUGUGGCUACUGGUGAGUCAUGGCGCUAGUUGAAUGUGGUGGAGCGUGUGACAGGAAAGUAAGGGGUAGACCCGAGGUGACACAGUGGCCAGACAUCCCGGGGAGUUGAUGAGUCACGCUCUCGGGCUGAGUGCUUCUCUCUUAAGUCUUUAUUGAGUGAUGGAAUGGAGUUGGAGAGGUGUGUGAGCAUAGGCUGGUUGACUGGCACAGCUCAAUUUGGACAUUUCGGCAGCUGGAACAUUUGGUGCACAAAAUACUACGCUAAUUCUCGCUAAAAAACAAAUGCAGCGGACAUCGGUGAUUGGUUAAACAUCAAUUUUCAAAGACCGAAUGUGAACAGUAUUGGUCAUGUCCUUCUGGAAAUAUUUCUGAAGAAAUAACAUUUAUUUGAGGUCUGGAUCAGUGGGACAAUGCAACUGGACUGUAGCUUGUCUCUUCCCUGAAAAUCAUGCACCAUCAAGCCCUUCAGUCCUCCCCUAAAUAGUCUCCACCUCUCCUUUUUCAAUAAAGCCAUGAACCAUUCCAUGAGCAUGCUAGCUUUAUUGGGCUGCAACACCAUGCUGGUUGACCCUUCUUCACAAGCAAAACAAGGUUAACUGGUAGAAACACCCCAAAACCAGCAGGAGAAGGGGAGGUUCCAGACACUCCAGUAAGGUGCUUUUGUGUUAUUAGCUGGCUAGGCAUGUGACUUUGUUGACUGAUAAGGAAAUUUAAGUAGUCUACAAUUUCAUGUUAGCUAAAAUAGAAUGUAGAAUACUAUCUCCCUUCCUGAAUCUUAGCCACAGCUUUACAAACUUGUCACUCACACAUGUGCUGUUUUCUAUUUGAAUCAGCUUCACUUGGCUCCACUGACCUUACAAGGCAGUGGAUAGAGGAGACUGACAAUUGUGUGAAAUGGUUAGUCAAUCUUAGGACACGAUCUGAUUCUCACCCAAUCUGAGACAAAAAAAAAAGCAACAAAUACACCCAAGAAUGUCAUUAUGUUUUCAUAUGACCUUAUCAGUGAUCAGACAACACAGUCUGACUAGCUUCCAUUUGCAUUACUCUUUAAGUGGCAAUGUCAGUAACACACUUUUCUGCACUUGGGAAACCAAGUCAAAAACGUUAGAUCUGUUCACGCCCUUCUGCAGAUAGAAGUGUGGUGAAAUGCUUAAUCUUUAGGUCUGUCUUUUAUGUCCUUUGGUUUUAACGUGACCUUGUCCCCUGGGAGGGUAGCCAGUGAUCAGUGUCACACACUGAUCCCUUUGUCAGUGCUGCUUAAUCUCAGAUUGGAACAUUUCUCGACUGGAUGGAGCCAGCUCUAGGCAACGAUAGCCAUCAUGCAAAAUGGUUUUUGGAUGGAGUGCAAUCGUGUCUCUUGCUUGUCACGUUCAGUGGAGUGGUGACUGUUUUGAGUGUCCUGUGAGGAUGUGUUGUAAUCUGAUGGUGCCAUGCCUGCUGCUUCCCGCUCAUGGGUCAAUAUGCCAUACCUGUCUUGUAUAUGAUUUACAGAAUUAAAGAUUUCAAGAGUGCAAACCUAUCAACA